AUGCGCUUCUGCAGCAGCGCCAAAACAUUCCCCCACUCCGACGGCACCCUUCAAGAUCGCAUGAACCACCCAGCGCAUGUCCUCCACCCUCUCCCAGACAGCUGCUCGUUCGAGCAGGCAGCCCUCGCGGAACCCCUCUCAGUCCUCCUCCAUGCCGCCCGUCGCGCAGACCUCUCCCCGUCCUCCCCGUCGACCGUCCUCGUAUUUGGCGUAGGUGCGAUUGGCCUCCUGGCCUGCGCCCUCGCCAAGUCGUACGGUGCGUCCCGCGUCGUCGCGAUCGACAUCAACCGCGCGCGUCUCGACUUUGCGCUUCAGCAGGGCUUUGCGCAGCAGGUGUACUGCUUGCCCGUGCCCGACAAGGCCAAGACGACCGAGGAGCAACUUCGGCGCGCGAAGGAGAACGCGGCGGCCGCGCUCGCCGAGUUCGAUAUGCCCGACGGCUUCGACAUCGUCUUCGAAUGCACCGGGGCCGAGCCAUGUAUCCAGAUGGCCAUCCACGUGCGUCGCUUCUCUCUCCGUGUCUCCGCGCGAAACUUUAACGCUGAUACUCCGCUCCGUCUCCGCCCCGUUUCGCAGGCCGCUGUGACCGGUGGCAAGGUCAUGCUCGUUGGCAUGGGCUCGCGCAAUGUCACCCUCCCCAUCUCUGCCGCCGCAACGCGCGAAGUCGACAUCCAGGGCACGUUCCGCUACGCCAACACGUAUCCCACCGCCCUCGCGCUCCUCGCCUCGGGGAAGCUCCCCAACAUCGAGAGCAUCAUCUCACAUCGCUUCCCCCUCUCGCAGAGCGCACAUGCGUUCGACCUCAUGGGCAAGGGCCGCGACGACGACGGCCGCAUGGUCCUCAAGGUUGUCGUCGGCUCACAACCAUAG